AAUGUUAUAUUUAUUAAGGAAUAACUUUUUUGAAAGAUUGAAGUUGUCAGUUUCGCAUAUAAAUCUAAAAACCUGGCAUGAAGUUAAUACCACCGGUGAUUAUUUUGUCGUUUUGACUGCAAUUUUUGUGUUGACUGAUGAUAGUAGUAGUUGAAGUGUUAGUGCAAAGCUUGAGAAAGUGAUAAUCAAACUUAACGUGUUGGACUAGAAGAGGUUCAUUUAUAGUGCUAUUUUCAACUUGCUGGUUGUCUGAUAACAUUACAAAAAUGAGUCUUUGGGUCGACAAGUACCGUCCGAACUCUUUGAGUAAGCUUGACUACCACAAAGACCAAGCAGCGCACCUGAAAAAGUUGGUAGAAGGUGGGGACUUUCCUCACCUGUUGGUGUAUGGCCCUUCGGGAGCAGGGAAGAAAACACGUGUCAUGUGCACUUUGCGGGAACUGUAUGGCCCAGGAGUGGAAAAGUUGCGCAUAGAGCAGAGCCACUUCACCACACCCUCCAACAAAAAGCUGGAGAUUUCAACCAUUUCCAGUAAUUACCACAUUGAAGUUAAUCCCAGUGAUGUUGGGCACAAUGACCGUGUGGUGAUACAAGAGUUGAUAAAAAAUGUGGCACAAGUGAAUCAGUUGGACACGACUUCACAGAAAAAUUUUAAGGUGGUAGUCUUGACUGAAGUGGACAGACUGACUAAAGAUGCACAACACGCUUUGAGAAGAACAAUGGAAAAAUACAUGGCUACUUGUCGUCUGAUUUUGUGCUGUAAUUCCACCAGCAAGGUCAUUCCUGCCAUUCGCAGUCGAUGUCUGGGUCUGCGAGUUCCUGCUCCAUCUAUUGAAGAGAUCAGUCACAUUUUGACAGUGGUGUGUAAGAAAGAAGGUCUCACGUUACCUCCUGAGAUGGCAUCAAAGAUUGCAGAGAAGAGUUCUCGGAACUUGAGGAGAGCACUGUUGAUGUGUGAGGCUUGCCGGGUUCAACAGUACCCUUUCAAUCCGGACAAAGAGAUCUCAGAGCCUGACUGGGAAAUAUUCCUCAGGGAAACGGCCACAAUGAUAGCUCAACAGCAGUCUCCAAAGAGACUUCUUGAGGUGAGGGGCAGGCUUUAUGAGUUGCUCACCCACUGCAUCCCCUCUGACAUCAUAAUGAAGGGUCUUCUGAGAGAACUCUUGAGCGUCUGUGACGGGCAACUGAAGUCUGAGGUGGUCCAGAAUGCAGCUUUCUACGAGCACCGACUGCAGCAGGGCCAGAAGGCCAUCUACCACCUGGAGGCUUUUGUGGCAAAAUUUAUGGCCAUCUACAAACGGUUUUUGGAGGAGGGCAUUGCUGAUAUUUUCUGAUUGUGAUGAUUUUUGGGUGUUUUUUUCUCCACUUACUACUAUAAAUUGUAUUGAUGAAUGAAGUUGUAACUCCAGUUUUCUUAAUGUCUAUAAAUUGAAUGAAUCCCAUGUAAAAUAAAUGUUUGAUGAAAUCUGA